GACGAAAAGUCAUUGGAUCGUAAGAGCUGCUUUUUGGGUGGUACUCUGUCUGACCGCUAGGUUCACGCGACGACAACAACAAUUGAAGUCCGAUGUUUAUCAAGAACAUUAUCAUCUCCGGUUUCCGGUCCUACCGGGAACAGUCGUUCCCAGAUGGCUUGUCUCCCAAAACGAAUGUGAUUGUUGGAAAAAACGGCUCUGGCAAGUCGAACUUUUUUGCUGCUAUUCAAUUUGUGCUGAAUGAAAAGUUUGUCAAUUUGCGCGCUGCGGAACGCAAAGAACUCUUCCACGUUGGAAGCGGCCGUCCUGCUCUUUCCAUUUUCGUCGAAAUCGUGUUCGACAACUCGGACGGCCGUCUCGUGAUUCCAGGUCGGUCCGAGGAGCCAGAGGUGCGUAUCCGUCGCACAGUCGGCUUGAAACAGGAUGAAUUUCGUGUAAACGACCGCAAGUUUUCUGCCUCUGACGUCCACCAGCUUCUGGAAAGCGCGGGUUUUUCCUCCAGCAACCCGUAUUACGUGGUGGAGCAAGGCAAGAUCGUGAGUCUGGUCAAUAUGAGUGAGGAAGACCGGUAUCAACUCAUCAAGGACGUGGCUGGUACCAAAGUGUACGAGGCGCGACGCAGCGAAAGCGAGAAAAUUCUUGCCGACACAAAACUAAAGCAGACUCAGAUUUCCGAUUCGAUCAAUGAUUUGGCAGAGCGGCUGAAGGAACUGGAUGCGGAGACGAGCGAGCUGAAGCGGUUUCAAGACGCAGAUCGUGAAAAGAGAUGCAUUGAGUACUGCAUUUUCAACACCGAGCUGGAGAACGCAAAGGAGAGUUUGCAAAAAUUGGAGGACGAUUGGAGUAAAAAGUCGCUGGCUUUCAGCAAGACGUACGAUACCGAGGAAGCCUCGGAGCAAGAGAUUGCGCAACUUUCGCAGAAGGUUGUGGAAGUUUCGACGCAGAUUACGCGUCUCGAGGCGGAAAAAAACACCAUAGAGAAUGAUCUCAGUGCGUUGACGAGCAAACAGGCGAUUGCGGACCUGGAUGCCACCGAUGCUGCAGGCAGGACAGCGCGCAACAAUCGUGAGUGCGAGCAUCUGCAAAAAGAGUCGCAGCAGCUGGAUAAAACACUGCGGGAUUCGACAGCUGAUUUGGAAAAAAAACGCUCUCUUUUCCAAGCAAAGGAAGGAACGGCGAAAGAAAAGUUUGACGAGGUGGAGACGCAGCGAAAGGUCCUUGAACGGUUGCAGGAGAGACGAAACCGCUCAAAACUCUUCAAAAACAAAAGCGACCGUGACAGGUGGCUGACCGAAGAGAUCGAGAAGAACCAGAGUUUGAUCGCCAAGUCUCAGAAGGAGCUCAUCUCGGUAUCGCAGGAAAUGGCCCGCAUCGAAAAGGAAUCUGCGGAUCUUCAGUCUCAAAUGUCCAUGCCGCAACUUUCCACCACAAACGUGGAUCAGAGCCUGCAGGAACAUGAGAAAAAGAUUAAGAGCGCUUUGCUGAAGCGUGAUCAGCUCAACCAAGAGCGUCGGCGAAUUUGGCAGUGCGUGCAUGAGCAGGAGAGCGUGGUGCAGCGCCUGGACGAAGUUGCUCGCAACACGAAGCAUCAGUGGGAGCGCGCGGUGCGCCACGAUAUUCGUCAAGGCCUGCAGUCGCUGCAAGAAAUACUGCUCGACAUGCGAAACGCAAACAUUUCCGCUGCCGUCCACGGGCCACUCAUCGAUCUGAUUCGCGUGGAGGAAGGCUACAAGACAGCGGUUGAGAUUACUGCCGGGAAUACGCUGUUCAACGUUGUCGUGGACUCUUUUGACGUCAGCACAACUCUGCUCGCGGAAAUGAAUAAACGCCGUAAGCCUGGUCGCAUUUCCUUCUUCCCAAUGGACACGUGCAAAGGAAAACCCCGUGACAUCAUGUCAACGCCGGAAUGCUCGCCGCUUUUGUCAAAAGUGAGUUAUGAUGAGCGGUUUGGCGGCGUGGUGGCGGAGGUUUUUGGCCGCACAGCCGUGGUCGCUUCGCUUGAGGCAGCAACGGAGGUGGUGAAGGAGCUCCAGUGCGACGUCAUCACCAUUGAUGGCGACCAGCUUGGCCGCAGAGGUGGUAUCACUGGCGGUUUCAUCGACAAGCAGAACAUGAAGCUGCCUAUCCGUGAACGGGAAAAAGACGUUGGGGGUAAGCUGCGAGCAGGGCGUGCAAAGCUCGACAGCUUAUGCCAAGAGGUCGCAACGGUGGAGCAGCAGAUAACAGAGGUACUGAAUGAGAUCGAGGCACUUCGCAGUCAAAACGUGACCACUGAAAUGGAAGCCGAUGUCCGUUUACGUGAGUCGCGCUUGAUUGAGGACCGCAAGGCGCGCCUCGCCACCUUGAAAUCAAACCUUGUGGCGACGAAGAAGGCUGUGGAGAGCUCAGUGGCCUCAGCCACGGCGUCUGUGCGGGAUUUAAAAAAAGAACUGAAAGAGGACUUCAAGAGCUCGUGGACGCCCCAGGAGGAGAGCGAGCUGGAGAAGCUCACAGAGGGCAUCGCUUCUGCGCGCGUGGCCUCCUCGGCGAUGCAGGUGGAAGUGCUGCAGCUGGCAACCGAGAUUCAGCUCUUGGAAGAUACGGUGCGUCACGUGGGACGGCGCAAAGCGGUGGUCGAAGACCGUCUUCGCGAGCUCAACUGGUCGAAGCACACAAGCAGUGCGGCGGGUGGCGAACAGGCGGCCGUCAAGGCGGAGAGCGACCUUCUGCUGGCGAGGUUGCGCAAAAUCGACGACGAAAUCAACCAGAGCACAAGGGAGCGCGAAAAGCUGCAGGCGCACCUUGACACGGUGUCCACCAAACGGUUCGGUGCUGCGCGCGACCUGCAGGAGCGGAAAGACGUGGCGGACAAGACGCAGAUGCAACGCAGCCUGCUGGUGCAGCGCCGCGACGAAGCGCUGCAAAAGAUCCGACAGCUGGGUGUCUUGCCGCAAAGCGUGGCGAAGUACGAAAAGGCGUCGCUGGGAAAGCUCAUGUACCACCUUAAAAUGGUGAAUGAGGAGCUGAAGAAACUGUCGCACGUCAACCGCAAGGCGAUUGAUCAGCACGCCGUCCUGCAGGAAACCAUGAAGGACCUCAAAUCGCAGCAGGAAACCUUGACGCGAGAGCUGGAGAGCAUCUACGAAUUAAUUGAGCACCUUGAUGCGAAGAAGGAGGAAGCUAUUGAGCGCACAUACAAGCAGGUGCAGUAUCAGUUUGAAGAGGUCUUCAAGCAGCUCGUCGGCGCGGAAAGCUGCUCGGCAGCGCUGCAGCUCGUGACGUCGGGGUCUGUCGACAAGAGGGACGACCCGUUCACCGGUGCGCGCAUUCGCGUCUCCUUCGGCCACGGUGCGCCUGUCAGCAAUCUCGACCAAUUAAGCGGAGGUCAGAAGUCUCUCGUGGCGUUGGCGCUCAUCUUCGCCAUCCAGCGUUGCGACCCUGCGCCGUUUUACCUUUUUGACGAGAUCGACGCCGCCUUGGAUGCCGAGUACCGCACCGCGGUCGCGAAGCUGAUGGAGCGGCAGUCAGAUGACUGCCAGUUUCUCGUGGCCAGCUUCAAGACCGAAAUCCUCGACGUUGCGGACAAGGUGCUUGGUAUCUUUUUCCACAACAAGAUGAGCCGCAUCCAGACCAUUUCCAAGGAAGAAGGCGUCAAGCUUCUCAAGCAGGCUGCAGUGGAAGACCGCAAGCGAUUGCGCGAGGAAGAGGAAUGA